ACCCACGGGACUAGUAGUCCCGUGAGUUUGCUGGACAGUCCUCAGGAAGUAUAUGUUUAACUCACGGAACUAGUAGUCCCGUGGGUUUUGAAAUAGUGACCAGAAAACCCAUGGGAUACAAAACUCACAUGAAGUAUCUGUUUAACCCACGCGACUAGUGGUCCCGUGGGUUUUGGGGUGUAUAAGCAAAAUCUAGAUUUGGGGAAAAUUUGCUACUAGGGUAGAUUUGAGGGGUCUAUGGGUGAAAAACCCAUUUGAGAUUAUGCGUUUGAUUGCUGAAAGAGGGCAUAUUAUUAUUAUUAUUGAUAAUAGACUCUUGGCUCGGGAAGGGAUAAAUGCGGAGCAGUUGGCUCGGGAUCUCAAGUCUUUUGAGCUGAAGACCACUUUUGAGGAUGUGUUUCCUUCAGAGGCAACGACUGUGGAAGAGUAUUUGCAGCAGGUUCAUGAAAUGGCUAUGGUAUCAUCAAUUCAGGAAGCUCAAAAGGAUAACUUGCGAAGCUUUAAUGAAUAUAUGAUGCAAGUCUUAGAGGUUAGAUUUUGCUUUGGUGAAAUAUUGUUUUUUCAGGUUGGCAUUGACUUUUUUGUGUUCCUAUGGACUGUUGCUUUUGUGAAUUUUAUUGUUAAAUUAACUCACGUUCUUUCUUGAUUAUUUAUUUUAAUAGGAGUUAAUUUGAUCUAUUAAUUUUGUCUUUAC